GCGAAUCCUAUAAGGAAGCAACAUGGUGCAUGAUUGUUAUGCUGUACCGCGUUGUCCAGAAACCGUUAUUUACUUUAAAACAGUUUAAUAUCCUGUAUUUACUCCAGACAUGUUUUCAAAGAAAAAGAAGAAGCCACAGAUUUCUCCACCAACAAACUUUGAACACCGAGUUCACACUGGCUUUGAUAAACGUGAGGGACGUUAUGUGGGCCUUCCUCUACAGUGGGCAAGCAUUGUUGGAAAUAAUCAAAUCCUAAAAAGUACAAAUCGCCCACUACCAUUAGUGGAUCCAUCAGAAAUCACACCAACAGAAAUUUUGGAUUUAAAGACUAUAGUCAGAGGAGACCCAAGACUUAAUGGCAUUCCCAAAACUUCCAAUGUCGCACGUUCCAACUCUUUACGAUCAUCCAGCCCACCAAGAUUACGAAGGGACAACAGAGCCAAUGCAAAUGUUCCACCCUCUGUUCCUGAAGGAGAGGUGAUGAGUGUGCCACCACAUCAGUAUCCUAAUAACCGCCGUGAUGCUCGAGAUUCUGCAUAUGUAAAGACAGGUCUUCGAGAUGGGUCUCCAGCUGACUGGAAUCAGAGCCAUGAAGUGAGGGCGUCCAUGGGUCCACCAGGGCAGGACAUUCCUGAUUACAGAGGUCUGCCUCCUUACCACCAGAAUCACAUAGUCAAUGGCAAUCUGCCUCCACAGAUGCCUCACAACAACCUUGGUCCACCGGGCUCGGAAGGUCCAGGCCCAUAUAGUAUGGGACCAGCAUAUCCAAGUGUGAGACCUCAUCUUCAGACAACACCUGCGCCCAGCUCUGCAGGUCCAAGUGCACAGCCUGCACAGCUGCAACGCCCGAUAUCUCAACUUGUGCAUCCAGUUUCACACAGUAUCACCAAGCCUGUGCCAGGGAUAGGAGGGGACCAUCCCCGUGCUGUGACCCACCAUUUGCCAGAUCAGAAUCAGAAUGUGAACAUUAAGCCGACAACAUCUGUAGCCUCUGCCACUGCAGCAGCCAGUCAGGCAGUGGCAAGCAAGCAACACCAUGAGCAGCAACGACUCACACAUGAGCAAUUUCGUGCUGCUCUGCAAAUGGUAGUCAGCCCAGGUGACCCACGUGAGAAUCUAGAACAAUUUAUGAAAAUAGGAGAAGGUUCAACAGGUACUGUGUGUAUUGCUGUUGAUCGCACUACAGGGAGACAAGUUGCAGUCAAGAAGAUGGACUUGCGUAAACAGCAGCGGCGGGAACUGUUAUUUAAUGAGGUGGUGAUCAUGCGGGAUUAUCAUCACCCAAAUAUUGUUGAGAUGUAUGACAGUUUCCUAGUGCAAGAUGAGCUGUGGGUGGUAAUGGAGUUCCUAGAGGGCGGAGCACUCACAGAUAUUGUUACACAUGCCAGGAUGGAUGAGGAACAAAUUGCUACAGUCUGCAAGCAGUGUCUUAAGGCGCUGGCAUAUCUCCACUCACAAGGCGUCAUACACAGGGACAUUAAGAGUGAUUCAAUAUUGCUGGCAGCUGACGGCAGGGUAAAAUUAUCAGAUUUUGGUUUCUGUGCUCAAGUAUCACAGGAGUUGCCCAAAAGGAAGUCAUUGGUGGGAACACCAUAUUGGAUGUCACCAGAAGUUAUCUCCCGUCUGCCAUAUGGCCCCGAAGUGGAUAUCUGGUCUUUAGGCAUUAUGGUAAUAGAGAUGGUAGAUGGUGAGCCCCCAUUCUUCAAUGAACCGCCACUGCAAGCCAUGCGCAGAAUACGUGAUAUGCCUCCACCAAAACUGAAGAAUACUCACAAGAUCACUCUACCGAUUAAUCAGUCGAUUAAUCAAAGAAAGGUGUCUCCAAGACUGCAGGGUUUCUUGGAGCGCAUGUUGGUUCGAGAUCCUGCACAGAGAGCAACAGCAGCUGAACUGCUGCAGCACCCAUUCCUCCGGCAGGCUGGCACCCCUGCACUGCUUGUCCCGCUCAUGAGAGGCUCCCGACACAGCAAUUGCUGAAAGUAAUUCAGUGCCAACAGCUUUUGGUUCCAGGUAUCAUCAUCAAAUGUAGAUACACUGUUGCCAUAUGAAACAGUCAUUUCUUACAGUGUUUUAUUUUACUACAGUGAACAGAAAGAGGAAACAUUACUUGUAAGUGAUCAUGCGUCAGGAUAUUGUCAAUUUAUUAUCUUUCAUUGGUAUUUUGAGAGUAUCUGUGGAUAGUGAUAUUUGGGUCUCUCCCUUCUCUACUGAUACGCUUUAAAUUACAUCACACUCUGAGACCACAGGUUUCAUUUUGAGUAAAGUGCCACUGGUAUGCACUUUAAAAUGAUCCAUUCUGUUCAGUGGUCUCCAUCUGUAUUACAUUUUGGUGACUUUUUUUGUAAUAUUUGUUGGUAUUAUAAAUGUUAAGUUUCAUGCAAUUUAAAAAAAAAAUCAAAAUUUUUGGCAGCAAAAUGGUUAUAGAAAACUAUUAUUGCACUCAAGUGCCCAUUCAGUGCUGAGAAAAUAUAUUUAUAUAUAUAUAUAUACAAAUUGAAACGUAUGACUUGUUUUAGUGAGGUGGAGUUGUAAAGGUUUGUAAUCAUGUUAUGAUAUUAGAAAUAUUGUAAUUACAUUCUUGCCUAUGUAUAAGCACUGAAUUUUCUAUGCAUUUAUUUACAUCUAUAUUGAAACAGUUUAAAACAGUGCAGUAGCUUUAGGAAUGACUAAGAGUUUCAGUAUAUAUUUCAUUGUAUGCUCAAGACAAGUAUGGGUGAUAGUAUCUGAGUGAAAAACUGGAAUGUAUGAGAUUUGUAAAUCUGCAACUGUUAAUAGUGUAGUGAAACACAUGUGCUACAGAUGAUUCAUUAAACUGGUAUGGAUAUUCUGUUAGGUCUCAAAGAGUCUGAAAAUUGCAAGUGAUGUAAUCAUUCCCUUUUGUGUUGAACAUAAUAUGUGUACAGUUUAUGUUGAAACUGCAUAAAAGUGUCAAUUCUGUUCAUUAAAUUGCAGGAUUUUAUGUCUUUAUGUACAGAAAGUCAGAAGCGCUCAUGCAGAUGCACUCUGAACACUUUGAAGACAGUGAUGGUUUCGUAGCUUGUGGAUUGGCCCUUGAGUUCAGUUUGCUGCAUAAUCUCUAGUGGGAUUCAAAUUAGCUCGCUGUUGACCUAUUCAUUCAACAGAUGUUGGAAAACUUUUAAACUCGCCAGCUCUUGGUAUCUAAAUCUCUAUCAUCACACCAUUCUGUUUGCAGGAAAAUAGUAAAACUACUUCUCCAUGACAUUUAUUUUUAUGGCUUUAUCUUCCGAAAUAAUGGAAAUGUGAAGUAAAAGUACAUAUACUUACUUACUUACUCUUGAGGAGCUGCCAAUUCUGCAGCUACUCAAGAAUUUCCCAGCAUUUUAUGGA